ACUUUUUUUUUUUUAAAUUAUAGCUGAAUAUUAACAUAAUGGACAUAGCUUUAGUAUUAAAAAAUCUGCAGAGACAAAAGUAUCCUUUAGAUUGUCCGUUUUGUGGAAAGUUUUAUAGAAGUUUUAGUGGUAUUAGUUAUCAUGUUGUAAAGUUUCAUUCAGAUAAUCCGGUGAGUCUUCACAUAUCAAGUAAUGGAAACUCUUCAUUUCCUGAGAAAACCAAGAAGUCAUUAACUUAUGCAGAGUCUAAGUGUAUGGUAGAAUUCGAUUUAAAAGGAAAUAUUAUUAGAAAUCUCAUUUCAGAGCCAUUAACAAUUCAAAUUGAAGCAAACACAACUUCUGAAUCUAGUUUUGAUUUACCUAAUUCGUCUCCUAAGAAAUUUCCUUUCAAAUUUACACCAAGAAAAAGAGGUAGAGGAGCAAAGAUUCGAUUUAAUCAACCUAAACAUAGGUACAGUUAUCAAAGCAAGUUUAAACAAAAUGGUGGUGAGGAAAAGCCAUCACUACCAAUAGCUGUUUACUCGAUUCUAGCAGAGGAGGAAGUACUAGCAUCAGAGGUUCCAGAAAGAGCAACCUAUUACCGGUAUAUAGAAAAGCCACACGAGGAGUUAGAUGAAGAAGUAGAAUAUGGUAUGGAUGAAGAAGAUUACAUAUGGCUUGAAGAGUUAAAUGAAAAUAGAAAGUCUGAAGGAAUACCUCCUGUUUCCCAUUCAGUUUUUGAAAUGCUUAUGGAUAGAUUAGAAAAAGAGUCAUAUUUUGAAACAAGAACUGUAACUGGUGAUCCUUAUAAUUUAAUUGAUGAGGAUGCGGUAUGCAGUAUCUGCUGUGAUGGAGAAUGCAGUAAUAGUAAUGUGAUACUGUUUUGUGACAUGUGUAACUUGGCAGUUCACCAAGAAUGUUAUGGUGUUCCUUAUAUACCUGAAGGUCAGUGGCUUUGUCGUCGAUGUUUUCGUUCACCAUCUAAACCUGUUAGUUGUCUUCUUUGUCCUACAAAAAGUGGUGCUUUUAAACAAACAGAUACAAAUCAUUGGGCUCAUGUAGUAUGUGCUUUAUGGAUCCCAGAAGUUUGUUUUGCAAAUACUGUGUUCUUAGAGCCUAUUGAUUCAAUUCAGGAAAUUCCUGCUGCGAGAUGGAAAUUGUUAUGCUAUAUUUGCAAAAAAAAAGAGGGUGCAUGUAUUCAAUGUUUCAAAACAAAUUGUUAUACAGCCUUUCAUGUCACUUGUGCACAACAAGGGGGGUUGUAUAUGAAGAUUGAACCAGGCAGAACAGAAAAUGGCCAACCAACUGUAAAAAAGUUUGCCUAUUGUGAUGCCCAUACACCGCAAGGAACAUCCUCAAAUUCGGGUACUCCCUAUCAAAGUGACUGCUGCAGUGAUGAAGAUAGUGAUAAUGCAUCAGUACAUAGUAAAGGAUCCAUGUCAGUUAAAUUAAAAAAUCAAUCACCCUUAAUAACUCCUUCUGCUAAACUAAAAGAAGUACAGAAGAAGUUGCUAGAAAAGCAGAGCUUUAAAUUGCCAGCUGUUCACAUUCCUUUUGUUCCUGCUCACAGGUUGGGAAAAAUUGUUUCAAAAGUCAUAAUUGCUAAAAAGUCACUAUUCAUACAACAGCUUCAAUCUUAUUGGAUGCUUAAAAGGCAGUCUCGUAAUGGUGUACCACUAUUGCGUCGUUUGCAAGCUAACACAGGCACUGGCAUAAAUAAAAAUCAGAGAGAUGAACAGCAGUCUCUUGAAGAUUGGAGUCAGUCAAAGGAGUUGAAAGAACAGCUACGCUAUUGGCAACAGUUGCGUCAUGAUUUAGAAAGAGCCCGAUUAUUAAUUGAAUUAAUUCGGAAACGGGAAAAAAUCAAAAAAGAGCAGUACCGAAUGAAACAGCAAGUUGUUGAUCUUCAGUUAAAGCCACUUCAAAUUGAAAUGGAGCGUACACUACAGAUGAUCAGAGAAAAAGAUAUUUCAAAUGUUUUUUCACAGCCUGUUGAUCCAGAGCAGGCACCUGAUUAUCAUGAGUUUAUUAAAAAUCCUAUGGAUUUUUCUACCAUGCAACAAAAGCUAUCAGACUAUGAAUAUAUGAGUUUUGAUGAUUUUGAGGCAGAUUUUAACUUGAUUAUCAAGAAUUGCAUGGACUUUAAUAACGAGGAUACAAAAUAUUAUCGAUCUGCUAUGCGGCUGCGAAAAGAGUGCCAACCUAUCCUAAAAGCUGCUAAAUUACGAAUAAACCAGGCAGGCAUUGAUCAAAAGACAGGAAUGCAUAUGGAUCAUCCUCUUCCAUUAACCUCUCCAGAAAGAGAAAAAGCUACACCAAAUGUUGAUGGAUAUUUUUUAGAUGUACUUUCUGUUGCUGAUAACCAAUUUAUGACAAUUGAUGAAAAAAUUGAAGGCUUGGAAGAAAAAUUAAAUAUGUCAUCUACAAUUCAAUCAGCUUUAGCUCGUUUUUUGCGGCAAAAGGUCUUGCGCAAAGAAAUAGCCAAGUUAAAGAGGAAGAAACGUAUAAUGGCCAACGAUGUACAUAUUGAUCCACCUGAUAAAUCACUAAACCAAGAUAUGCCAGCACAUCUUGUUGCACCUCCAACAAUAAAGAAGCGUGGACGUAAACCAAAACACUUAUCAAAACAGAAAAACGCUUAUAAUGGUGAGGUUAAAAUCUGCCACAACACUUCACCAGCUAAAUUAGUAAAUUGUGAAAGAUUAAAUGAUCUGCCAUUAAUUCAAAUCCCAAAUAUGAAAUCAUCUAUAACUGUUAAUUGUAAUGACAAUUAUAUUAACAACACCAAUGAUCAUAAUAUUAUUAAUCAUAAUAGUGUUAAUGACUUUUUUAAUUUCAAUGAUCUUAAUAAUGAAUCUUUAAUUCCUGUCAUAAAAAAUUCAAGCCCUGGACGUAAUCGUAGAAGUGGUGUUUUGUUUAAAAAGAAACAGUAUCAGCCGAUUAAUCCUAGUCCAUUAGUUUUAAAUAGUUCUCCAAAAAAUUGUCAGGAUGUUUUAGUAUCUUCACCGACAAACACAAAUUUGAGCAUUUCAGAUAAUUUAAAUACUGUUACAGAUAACCUCUCUAUUGAAAAAAAUAUAUAUUCAGAAGAGUCUGCCAUCAUUGAAAAUAGUGUCUCUAAUACAAAUGAAAAAUGUGCUGAAAAUAAACAAUGUUUAAUUUAUGACAAUAUUAUACGGUUACAGGACCAUACCUCAAAACCUGAGAACAUUAAAAGUUAUAAUGAACCAGAUAUUUGCAUAGAGGACACAAUUGACAACGCAAUGGAACAAGAUAUCUGUUUGGAACCAAUGUCCAGAAAAAGAACUUAUAGUAGUUCAGCAAACUCUGAUAGUGAAAAUCACUAUAACAAGCGAAAGAUGAAUCACAAAAGAGGUCGACAAAAGUCAGUUAAUAAAUUAUGCCUCAAAGAUGAGUUUAAAGAUUUAGAAGGUUUAAAUGAUAUAAAAUCUGGUGUUUAUAUGAUUGCACCAGAUGAGAUAGGUUUGAAAGACCCAAAAUCAGAUCCAGAAACAUUAGAUAUGUUAACCUUAGUUUGGGCUAAAUGUAAAGGUUAUCCAUCAUACCCUGCUUUGACGAUUGAUCCAGCAGCACCUCGAAUAGGUUACCAGUUUAAUGGUGUUCCUAUAUCUGUGCCUCCAUUGGAUGUUCUUCAAAUGAAUGACGAUAUAAAAAAUUAUUUAAUACUUUUUUUUGAUGCCAGAAGAACAUGGCAAUGGCUACCUCGCGAUAAAAUUGAACCAUUAGGACUGGAUUCUCGACUUGAUGAAGUAAAGCUUAUCGAAUCUAAAAAACCUUCUAUGAGAAAAAAUGUUCAAGAAGCUUAUAAACGUGCAAUAUUGUUUCGAUAUAGACUUAAAGUAGGUGAAUCGCCAGAUAACAAUGUAGAAUUAAUUUCUAAUAAAUACGAAAGCGGAUUUGCAGAGUGUGAAAACUUUGGCAAAGAUGUUAUUUCAGCUCGUCCUAAUUUCCUUUCAGAUUAUCUCACUCUGCACAGCCCCAUCGCUGUUUCUCUUAUAUGAAUUAUUUUUCUUUCUUUGUUAUAUUUUGCUUGUUUAGGUUUUUUCGUUUUCUAUCUUUUUUUUUUCUUUUUUCUUCUUUUUUACUUUACAUAGGUGAUUAGCAAUCUUUUUAACCUAUUCAGAGAUGUUGCUAUAGAUCCUGCUUUUUAUGUGUUACGUGCUUUUCAGAUAUGUUACUGCUUUUUAUGUGUUACGUACGACGAGAGUAUUUUUAUCCUGUUUUUACGUUUUAUCUCAAAUCUAAAUGAUAUAUUUAUGUAAUAAUAUUUUCGAAUACGGAAACUAAAUCAACUUUAAAUUUAUUUUUUAACCUACUUUUUAUCAGUGGGUUUCUUGUAAACCGAUCUAUGCGUUUUUUAUAUUUAUAGGUUAAAUACGGUAUAUAACGCUUUAAUUGUUUGUAAAGAAAAAUCGUUCGCUGACUAUGGUUUAA